ACAAACGAAAGGCUCGAAAAAUCGAAGAAGAAGAGAAAUGGCGACUUCAGCCGCGAUAGGCUAGAAAGGCCGAGGAUUAGGUGGUUAUCCCUUUGACUUUUUAUUUUCCUUGCCUUGAUUCCUCGUCUCCCCCCCUUUCACACCUCUUCUUCUUCCCUCUUCAUCUCCUGCUGUAGUCCUCUCGCUUUCGUCCUCACCGCCCGCCACCUCUCGCACAAGAGAGAGAGAGAGAGAGAGAGAGAGAGAACCUGCGUCGCCGGCCGGAGGAGCGCAUGGAGGUCAAGCGCCGGACGGCCGAGUCCCUGGUGACGAAGCUCGGCUCCGUCUCCGAGCACACCCGCACCGAGGCCCUCUGCGAGCUCCGCCUCAUCUCCAAGCACGACGCCGACGCCCGCCCCCUCAUCGCCGACGCCGGCGCCAUCCCUUACCUCUCCGAGACCCUCUACUCCUCCUCCGAGGCCCAGGAGAACGCCGCCGCCACCCUCCUCAACCUCUCCAUCAACGCCAAGGAGGCCCUCAUGUCCACCCGCGGCCUCCUCGACGCCCUCUCCCACGUCCUCCGCCACCACGGCGCCGGCUCCGCCCCCGACGCCGCCGUCCAGGGCGCGGCCGCCACCCUCCACAGCCUCCUCAUCGUCGACUCCUACCGCCCCAUCAUCGGCGCCAAGCGCGACAUCAUCUACGCCCUGAUCGACAUCGUCAAGAGCCCCAGGUCGCCCCCCCGCUCCGUCAAGGACGCUCUGAAGGCGCUCUUCGGGGCCUCUCUCUACGCGCUCAACAGAUCCACCAUGAUCCAGCUCGGCAUCGUGCCUCCGCUGUUCGGACUGAUCCUCAAGGACGGGAGGGUCGGAUUGGUGGAGGACACGACGGCGGUCGUGGCGCAGAUCGCGGGGUGCGAAGAGAGCGAAGAGGCCUUCCGGAGGGUGUCGGGAGUCGGGGUUUUGGUGGAUUUGUUGGACGCCGCCACGGGCUCGAGCAUCAGAAUAAAGGAGAACUCUGUAUCGGCUCUGUUGAACUUGGCUAGGUGUGGAGGCGAGGGAGUGGUGGAGGAUGUGAGGAGGAUGGGUUUGGGGGUGUUUGAUGGGAUCAACGACGUGGUCGAGAAGGGGAGCGCCAAAGGGAAGAGCAAGGCCGUGGCGCUGUUGAACUUGCUCGAUGCUCGAGGUCUUAGCGGCAGCAGCAAUGGAAGCAAUGAGAAUUCGUUUCCAGAUUCGCAGUUCGACUAUCUACUGCAUCAUUCUUCGUGAUUUGGAUUCUUGUGCCAUUGAAUCGCGAUGCCACCAUGUGCUUGUGUGUUUUGCCACAUGGAGAAAAGAGAAUCUACACAGCCCGUGGAGUUCGCUGGAAACUCGAGGCUCUUGAGCAGUGUCAUUGUCGAACUGUGUUCACCAUGAUGACUUGGCUUUCGGCUCCGGCUCGUUCUGUAAAUAGUUCUGAUACUGAAUUCAUGAAAUUCAUUUAGUAGUUUUGAGCCAGUUUGCUUUUCUCUGAUUUUGAAUCCACCUUUGGCUAUAGGGGGCUUUCUGUGUUUGUAUGGAUUAGAUACAAUGUAGUUAUAUCUCUUUAAAUGAAUGUAAUUCAUUCAAGGUUUUAAUAAAGAAACUUGAUGUUCCGAUUUGAA